AUGUGCGGUGGUGGUGGUGUUGGCGAUGGAGGUGGCAGUGGUGGAGACUGCUGCUGCUCGGGAUUGACCCAAGUCUGGCUCGGCUGCGAAGGGCGCUGGCGAGAAGGCACGACCCAGUGGCUUGACAGGCUACUGCAGCAUCCCAGUCCAGAUUCACUUCAAUCGCCUCUUCCGUUCAAAAUGUUAAUCAAUCUUCCGACACUUUCACGGCGUUUCGACCUCACCAAAUCAAAGAACAACAACGACAACAACCACGGCAGCAUUGAAGGAGGACGACGAGUUGCUGAAGGAGGACAAUCGCUCGAAAAUAGCCGAGCCAAACGCGCCCACACCAAACAUGAAGCGGCGAAGGGCCAACUGAAACGCUCCAAACUAAAUCCCGUACCUCCCCAUUCCCAUUCUGCUACAUACUACCAACCCACGAAAACCCCCCAGGCAGUGCGACGCUGUCUGUCACCAGCAUUAUCGCGUGGCAAGCUGGGCGCCACUCAAUCUCCAGCACAAUGGCCAGGGCAAGCAACGCAACACCAUCUUCUUCUUCUUGUUGCGCCUGUGCUCCCUCUUCAGCCCUGA